AUGUUGGAUCUAUCGCAUGUAUAUGGCGGUGACGCCACGAGAGCGUUAAGCGCCAGAGAGAGAUGGGGAGGCAGGCUAAGAGCUGAGAAACUGAAAGGGAAGGACUGGCCACCGGGAAAUAACUUGAUCUGUCUCCAGAACAAUAUCAAUGAGAGUAGAUGUCAUUCAGCUGCUGAAUCGUUCGUCAACUCAUUAUUAGCGGUGAACAUGGCUUUCCUCUGGUUUAUGCGACAGCACAACAAUUUGGCGGAAAGGCUCGCGAAGGUGAACCCGUGUUGGGAUGACGACAAGCUGUACAUGAUAGCCAAAGACAUCAACAUUGCCAUUUGGCAGCAAAUAUUUUACUAUGAACUGAUGCCUAAUAUAGUAGAUUACGAGUAUCUAUUGAAACAUGGCGUGAUAUUCCCCGGUCACGGACAUGUGGACGAUUAUGAUCCGCAUCUGGAGCCACGCGUCAGUUUAGAAUUCACAGUAGCUAACAGGUGGUUCCACACGCUGCAAGAAGGAAGGCUCAAUUUAUAUGACAACCAUGGUAAGAUAUUAAGGCAGCUCGCUAUAGUAGACUCAACGCUACACACCGGCAUGCUGCCUAUAAAUAACACCCUAGAGGGACUCACUCAGGGUACCUUCAGACAAGCGUGUGCCAGUACUGACAAAGUAAUAGAUCCAGAUAUGGGUGAACGCGUUCUAGGACGUAUGCAGUUCGUGUCUGAUGUGAUGGCAUCAGACAUUAUGAAGGGACGCGACAACGGUCUGCCAUCAUAUAACCGUUACAGAGAACUAUGUAAACUGCCCAUAGCAAAGGAUUUCGAAGACCUCUACUAUUGGAUGCCUCGUGAGCAAGUGGAAUCGAUGCAGUUAGUGUAUGAAGAAGUGGAGGACAUAGAACUGAUGGCUGGAAUAAUAUCUGAGGAUGUGAUGGGUGAAGGUGUAGUGGGUCCGAUGCACGCGUGUAUUAUUGUGGAUCAAUUGCUUAGGUGGCGACGUGCUGAUAGAUUCUGGUACGAAAACUCGGUACACCCCGGGGCAUUUACACCAGGCAAGUAA